CCACCACAUUCGUUUCGAACUCUCUUGACAUCUAGGUUACACUUGGGCCAGCUUUUGUGUCACCAGUUGCAUCCUUGGGUUUAUCGAGAGUUUAUCUACUGCCAAUCCGGCUCCCUCUCCUGCCCCUUCCCCCUGCCGAGAUGCAUCGAUUCAAGAUGGAAGUCCUUACAGCCGUUGCUGCAUGGGCAAUCACCUCAGCAUGCCUAAACGUUCCUGUCGCUCGUCAACUCCUCGGAGGCAUCUGCCCGAGAGAUACGGCUGAGCUUGGCGAUAGGCUCUCAGCUACCGCAAAGAUCUACCAGCCGGGCACUGCCGAGUUUACCAACGCGUCUAUACGGUGGUCGAACCUUGAUGCACCCAAGCCCAACCUCGUGGUGAUUCCCGGAACUGAGAGCGAUGUUGCAGAGACUGUCAAAUUUGCCAACGAGAAGAGCAUGCCCUUCCUUGCGUACAAUGGCGUGCAUGGCGCUAUCACCACUCUGGGCAAGAUGGACAACGGUAUCGAAAUCUACUUGUCCCAGCUGAGCGGUGUCGAGGUUGCUGCAGACGGAACAACCGCCAAGAUUGGCGGUGGUACCGGGUCCAAGCUCGUCACCGACACGCUCUGGGCCGCCGGCAAGCAGACAGUCACGGGAACAUGCGAGUGCGUCAGCACGCUCGGGCCUGCUCUUGGGGGUGGUCAUGGAUGGCUUCAGGGUCACCACGGUCUGGUUGCCGAUCAAUUUGUUUCCAUGAACAUUGUACUGGCCGAUGGCACCUUACAGACCAUCAAUGAGACCUCAGAUCUCUGGUGGGCUGUCAAGGGCGCUGGCCAUAACUUUGGCAUCGUCACCUCUCUCAAUGUCAAGGUCUAUGACAUCGAACAUAGCGACUGGGCAGUUGAGACGUUCAUCUUCAGCGGCGAGAAGGUUGAGGAAGUCUACCAGGCUGCCAAUGAGCACCUCCUCAAGAAUGGCACCCAGGCUGCUGAAGUUAUCAACUGGUCCUACUGGCUCAGGAAUCCCGAUGCUGACCCGGAGAACCCCAUCAUUCUUUUCUGGGUUAUCCAGGAGGGUGUUACCACUGUCGACUCCGUCUACACUCAGCCUUUCACGGACAUCGGCCCCAUCUCCGCCACUCCGGACUCGGGAACCUACCUUGACCUCGCCACGUGGACCGGUAUUGCUCUUGAUUCCAUCCCAUGCCAGAAGGUUGGCUUGAACAACCCUCGCUUCCCCAUCUACGUCGAGGCAUACAACAUUGAGGCUCAACGUAAGGCGUACGACCUCUUCGCUUCUUCUAUCAGCGGCGACUCACCGUUCAACAACUCUCUCUUCAUGUUUGAGGGUUACUCCAACGAGGGUGUCAAGGCCAUUGCGAGCGACUCAACUGCGUUUGCUUAUCGCAGCGACAACCUUCUCUUCGCGCCCCUUAUCACUUACUUUCCCAACGGCACUGAGCUCGAUCAGAAGGCCGCCACGCUCGGUAACCAGCUCCGUGACAUCAUCCAUGAAGGAAGCGGCCGCACUGAGCAGCACGUGUACCUCAACUAUGCCUUUGGUGAUGAGACUCCUAAGGAGUGGUACGGUAGCGAGCAAUGGAGACAGGACCGUCUUCAAUCUCUGAAGACCAAGUACGACCCCAAUGGCAAGUUCAGCUUCUACGGUCCCAUUGCCUAGAAGUAUUUGAUAGACCUGGGUCUUGGCUCUAGAGGCAAUGAUUGCGAAUCAUAGAACGGCAAAGCCAAUUUUAGUUUGGCUCGUAGAUACCACAUCAUCGUAUUCAAGUUGUUGAUUAGCACAUAAAUGUUCUCAAAUGUCCUUUGCAAUGUCAAUCAUGUCUGUUCAUUGCAUCAUUUGACUCGGAAGAAGCUGGGAAUUAUGAGAGGAAAACUGUGUUGCCGUGCUCGGAAUCCAACCUUCGAUCUGCUCCCACUGGAUACGCAGCCAUGGCGUUAAUACGAUUGCAGCCCGUGGCUUCGAUUGUUCCUUGUUCUGGGUUCGGUUAGUACCUCGAUAAAUAUCCUAAAACAACGGCUUCCUCGC